GGCCCAGAUGGAAGUCAACGGCGCGCGAGGAUUCGAUCAUCCGCCGGCAUCGAAAACUGCGAUUGAGUCCAUGCCCACGAUCCAAAUCGCCGACUGCCACGUUGGCGAGGACUCCUACUGUGCAGUCUGCAAGGAGAAAUUCGAACUAGGAAAUGAUGCGAGAGAAAUGCCCUGUAAACAUAUUUACCAUCAAGAUUGCAUCUUGCCCUGGCUCACGCUUCGGAAUUCGUGCCCAGUUUGCAGACACGAGCUGCCGAGCGAGGUUCGGAGAAGGGCAGGAUCGGAAAUUGAUAGUGAAGAGGAGUCUGUGGGGCUCACCAUCUGGAGACUGCCAGGUGGCGGCUUCGCCGUCGGGAGGUUCUCGGGUGGGAGGAGGCCAGGGGAGCGAGAGCUUCCGGUUGUUUAUACUGAAAUGGAUGGCGGGUUUAACUCCGGUGGGGCCCCUAGAAGAAUUUCAUGGACUUCCAGAGGGAAUCGAAGGAGGGAGCGUGGAGGAUUUGGGCAAGUUCUUCGUAACUUGUUCAGUCUUAGAUGUUUUGGUGGUGAUCGAUCGUCAUCUUCGUCUUCUGUUGCUGCUUCAAGAUCUUUGUCUUCGAGGAGAAACCUAAGAGCUCCUAUAUUUAGGAGCUCGAGGAGCUCAAGGAGUCAUAGCAACAAUUGGGCAUUGGAGGAUGGAACUGGGAAUACAAUUUCAAGAUGGUGAACUGGAAAACUGCGGAAAGUUUGCAUUUUAAAUGUAAAUAGAGAAAUGCGUGAAAAUCUCGGGAGCUUUUUUUGUCUGGGUUCUGCUUUUGGGGGAUCCUUGCGAUUUCUUCAGAAUGAGGAGGCACAUUUGAACUCAUGGAAGGUACAUGAACGCAUGUACUCUGCUUAUUGACAAUGUUAUGUUUCAGAGGUUGAUUAUUUUGAAAUUUGGUCUGUAUGAAGAUGAAUUGUUAUUCUUCCCCGUAGUCUUUGUUUAGUAAUAUAUAAAUGCAUUUAUUACUCAUUUGUUUAAGUAUCGAGCUAUUUGGGUGCUCAAGCAUUUUUACCAUCUAAAUUGAGUUAGUAUUCGUGUUGGUUAA